UCGAUCUCAACAUUCCGGGCGCAUUGGGCACGGACAUCGGGCAGUAACAGGAACCUACACUCUUGCUCACAGUAUCGCAACACUGGUGAUACGUUUCGGCGUAGCAGGACGGUGCUCAGUUCUUUCCGCAGGCGGAGACUGUCGAACUCAGAGAGUUUCAAAGGUUAAGCGAACACUCGACUUCCAAUAGAAUGUUGUCCCACGUAGACCUCGUCGAAAGCAGCCAGGUGGCUGAACGUCAAGAAGGCGCUGCAUCACAGCCUUCGUCACAGCUGUUGUCGCAGUCGAAAACUCAGGAUUCGCUGUCAGGGAAGCAAAUACGCGCGCUUGAGGCGGAACAGAGCCGACCGAGGAUGGUCAUCUCUAAGAUGGUGCUAAGGAACUUCAAAUCGUACGCUGGGGUGGUGGAAAUUGGGCCGUUUCAUAAGUCUUUCACGUCCGUGGUCGGCCCAAACGGUUCCGGCAAGUCCAAUGUUAUUGAUUCACUCUUGUUCGUCUUUGGCUUCAAAGCCAAGAAGAUGCGCCAAGGGAAGCUUUCGGAGCUGAUUCACAACUCCGCGAAUCACAAGAACCUGGAUAGCUGCUCUGUGGAAGUGCAUUUUCAAGAAAUCGUUGACCUUCCAGGACCGGACGCUUUUGAGGUUGUGCCCAACUCGACUUUAGUAGUGUCGCGAACAGUGGAACGCGCAACAACAGAAAAGGGUGCCGACAAAAGCACGUAUCGCAUCAACAGACGGAGCAGUAAUUUCACGGAAGUCACGACGUUGCUGAAGGACAAGGGAGUGGAUCUCGACCAUAAGCGGUUUUUGAUCUUGCAGGGAGAAGUAGAGUCCAUCUCCUUGAUGAAGCCGAAGGCGCAAAACGAGCAUGAGGAUGGACUCCUGGAAUAUCUGGAAGACAUCAUUGGAACCGCCCGUUACAAAGCGGAGAUUGAUGCCACCAACGUGAAGAUGGACGCGCUCAACGAGGAACGCGGCGAGAAGCUCAACCGCCUGAAGUUUGUAGAAAAGGACAAAAGAUCGCUGGAAGCGAAAAAAGAAGAGGCGGAAACCUUCAUCAGAACCGAGAAUCAGCUCGUUCACGCCAAAAACAAACUCUUUCAUAUCUGCAUUGAUGAAUGCUCGAAGGACAUCGAUCGCAACCAAACAAUAGUGGAGGACUUGAGCACGAAACUGGAAGCUGAGAGGGCGAAGCACUCUGGUCUUGCUUCCGAGGUCAAGACCCUGGAAAAGAGCCACAAGAGUACACAAAAGGAAUAUGAGUCGAUAGCAGCGAAAGCCGAAUCGGUGCGAAAUGAGCUGCAACGGUACGACCGGGCGGAAGUGGAGCUUACUGAGAAGAUAACGCAUCUGGAGAAGAAGGAGAAAAAGCUGAGGAGUACAGUGCAUAAGGAAAAGCUAGAGCGCUCAGAACACGAGACGUGGAUACGGAAUUUCGAUAACGAUAUGAGUAAAGCUCAGAAGGAAGGAGAGGAACUGGCUGAGAAGCUUGCUGAGGAGGAGGAAGUGUUGAAGGAAAUCCGGGAGAGUCUCAAGGGGAAAACCGAAGGCUUCCAAAAGCAAAUCGAGAAAAAGCAGGAAGAAUUAGCACCUUGGAUGGAAAAGAUCAAUGCGAAACAGGGACAACUGGAUUUGACAACGUCUGAACGCGACAUUCUGGAGAGCAACAUGCACGCUGCGCAAACUGCUCUGAAGGAUGCGGAGCAGAAAGUGGUCGAACUGCGUGCGCAGCAUCGGGAAAAGGCCAAGGAAAAGAAGCAGCUGGAAGCUCAGCAGAAGGAGCUACAGGGCCAACGUGGCGAGCUGCAAGGGCAAUUGCAGAAUUGUGCAACGAAGGAGGAGGACUUGCGCAAGACGGUGGUAUCAUCCCGCGCAAAGGCCGAUGAAGCGCGAGUCAACUUGCAAGCCGCACAAAGUCGAGGCAAAGUGCACAACAGUCUGAUGCAGCAGAGUCAUGCAGGGCGGAUACAGGGCAUUUGCGGCCGUCUUGGAGACCUUGGAGUCAUUGAUGACCAAUAUGACGUUGCUGUGACCACCGCCUGUGGAUCUCUUGACGCUAUCGUCGUUGACCAUGUGGAAUCCGCCCAACAAUGCAUCGAGUAUCUCCGGAAGCAGAGCGUCGGAAGAGCCACUUUCCUCUCUCUCGACAAGCUUACGAAAUGGAAUACCGCACCAAUCAAAACACCAGAGAACGUGCCUCGCCUUUUCGAUCUCAUCAAGCCUAAACAGGAAAAAUAUGCACCAGCGUUCUACCAGGUCCUUCGCGAUACCUUGGUCGCAAAGGAUCUUGAACAAGCAAACAGGAUAGCGUAUGGCGCCAAGCGGUUCCGUGUUGUCACCCUGGAAGGACAACUCAUCGAUACGUCCGGAACUCUCAGCGGUGGAGGCAGUAAGCCCCAGCGCGGGGGCAUGAGUUCGAAGUUUGCUUCGGACGAAGUCACUCAGCAAACUGUUGCGAAUUUGGCAAAGCAGAAGGACGACGCCGAAAAGGAUCAUGAGAAGGUGAAAGUGGUCAAGGCGGAGCUAACCGAAAGGAUCGAAGCUUUGGAUCGGGAGCUGCCGGUGGUUUCGUUGGAGUUGGAAAAGGCCAUGCUAGGGUUGAAGUCGCUGGAGGAAUCAGUAUUAGAUGCUGAGAAGCAUGUCGAGACCUUGAGAACUCGAAAGCAAGGCCCGAGCGCCGAGGACGUCAGCCGCUACGAGGAGCUGCAAGCUCUUACCACAACCCUCACGAAGGACAUUGAAAAGCUCACGCGCAACACAACCAAGAUCAGCGAUGAGAUCACAGCCCUCCAAGUUCAAAUCCUCCAGAUCGGUGGUGUUCGGUUACGUACCCAACACGCAAAAGUCGACGGCUUGAACGAGCACAUCUCCAUCAACAGCAGCCGCAUGACAAAGUUGCGCGUGGAGAGAAGUUCGAGGGAUAAGGCAUUGACGAAGGUUGUCAAGAGUAUCGUGAAGAAUGAAGGCGAUGCCGAGAAUACCUGUGCUGAGAUUGAUGCGAUUGAGGGCGAGCUUGAGAAGCAGAGGGGCGCUGUUAAGGAGGUCACUGCAAAAGUCAAGGAGGCUGAGGAGAUACUGGAAUCAAAAGAGGCUGAGCUUGAGGAUAUCAAGCAAGAGCUCGAUGCUAAAACCGAGCAAAUGAACGACUUACGGAAGUUCGAGGUUGAAGCGAAAGCGCGACUGGACGGCGCAAGCAAGGAGCUAGCACAGAAGCAGUCGCAAAGAAAGUACUUCCAGAAAGAGAUAGACACCAAUCUUCGAUUGCAAGUCACUGGGUUUGAGGAGUAUGAAGAACCGACGGAACUUCCAAAAUACUCGGAAGAGGAGGUGGGGCAACUGGAGAAGAAGGUCGUGGAAAGUGAAAUACAGAAUUUACAAGCUAAACUGGACGAAGGAACACCCAACCUCUCCGUCCUGGCCGAAUACAAGCAGAAGCAUGAAGCCUACCUCGCACGGGCCAAAGAUCUUGAGGAUGUGACGCAACUCCGUGACCAAGCGAAAGCACGCCACGAUGAGCUACGUACACGGCGCUUGACGGAAUUCAUGGAAGGCUUCACAGCCAUAUCGCAAAAGUUGAAGGAAAUGUACCAGCUGAUUACCCUAGGAGGGAACGCGGAACUGGAGCUCGUCGACAGUCUGGAUCCGUUUUCCGAGGGAAUCAUAUUUAGCGUUAUGCCGCCAAAGAAGAGUUGGAAAAACAUUUCUAACCUCUCUGGAGGUGAAAAGACACUCUCCUCUCUAGCACUCGUGUUCGCUCUUCACCACUUCAAGCCUACGCCGCUGUACGUGAUGGACGAGAUCGACGCCGCGCUCGACUUCCGUAACGUGUCCAUUGUGGCAAACUACAUCAAGGAACGGACAAAGAAUGCACAGUUUAUCAUCAUCAGUUUGAGGAACAAUAUGUUUGAGCUCGCCGAUCGGCUCGUUGGGAUAUACAAGACGGACAACACGACGAAGAGCAUCACGAUCAAUCCGAACGCUUUGUGAACCUUUGACACUUCCUAAAAACUGUGCUUUGGCGUACAUUUUGGACGUAAUGUUGAUGACUGCGUAGUGAUCUCUCAUAGCCGUGAAGCAUGUACUCGUAACUGUAGAAGACUCUGGAUGAUAUGGCGUCUAGAGGCGCUUUUGAGAAACAUCGUGUGACAUCAAACCAGGUCGUUCAUGUCUCGGGCAGGCACAGCGCAUAUACCAGUUCGGACAAGCAUGAGCUCAGCAUCGAGCAUUCCGAAGCGGGGUGCUUAAUCCUAAUGCCUGGGCCCUGCAGGUUUAUUGGACGCCGCUGCAGUAGGUAUCCAUCGUGAG